GUCAGGACAUGGCUACGGUAACAUCUUUGCCGGACGCUGUAAUUAUUCAUAUUCUCUCUUAUCUCGACUAUCCUCGUCUGGUACGAUGCUCAAGGGUUUGUUCGCGAUGGCACAGGCUUUGCUACGACCCCAGCUUGUGGAAAAUUGUCCGUAUUCGGCCGAAACAUGCUUCGGAAGUGGCAGCUGAUACGGUCGCAAGGGUUGUCGCUCGAAGGACUAAUCUUAUUUCAAGCAUUAAUCUAACGAACUGCACAGGUGUAAAAGAUGAGUCUUUGAAGCAUAUUUCCGAAAACUGUCCAAACCUGAGAAAAUUCUAUCUAAAUGGAUGUAAUUUCAUCACAGAUUAUGGCAUUUUUGCUUUGGCGCGCAAUUGUGAUGCUCUGGAAACGGUUUCGAUACCUUUGAAGAAUGUUUCUGAAAAGGCUCUCUCUGCUUUGGUUAAAAAUAACUCAAGUCUACGGAAGCUGUACGCUUACUCCAUCGCUGUUACAGAAAAUACAAUAAAGGUAAUCUCGUCAGUAUGUCCUGAACUUGAAAAAAUGAUUAUUUACGAAGCUUCCUUGGAAGACGAUCAGAAAAGUUAUGCUGAUGUUUUGACCGAUGAAAUGGUGCGGCUUUUGGCGAAUGGAUGCCGAAAAUUGAGAAAGUUGACCCUCAGAUACAACCAAGUUCUGGUCAGCGACAGAAGUUUGGCGGCUUUAGCGAAAAAAUGCCGCAAACUGGAGUCUUUCGUGAUCGAUUAUUGUGACAGAGACGGAGGAAUAACUGACUUUGGAGUUUGUACAAUAGCUCACUUAUGCCGAAAUUUAAAAUGCUUGAACAUUUCCAAUGGCGUCAUCACCGAUGUGUCGUUGAUCGUGAUUGCUGAUCAACUUCCGUUUCUCGAAGAUUUGUCGCUGGAAUUUAGCGAAAUUACUGACGUUGGAGUGUAUGCACUAAUGAACAGAUGCGAAAAACUGGCAAGGCUCAUUGUCCAUAAUUCGGAUAGUAUUGAAACAGGUAUUACCGACAACACUGCUUGCGUGAUCGCAAAUUAUGCCAGCGAUGAGUUUCGAUCUCUUGGCCUUGGGUUCGCUGAUAUAACGGACGAAGGACUAAAAACAAUUUGCUUCAACGUGGAGCUUUCGUUUUUGUCCAUAAACGGUUGUAGUAAACUCACUUACGAAGGUCUGAAAUCAUGCUUUUGUUAUCUAGACUGCUUGUGGAAUUUAGAUAUUUCUUUCACGGAUAUUGUGGGCAAAGACGAACAGCUGUUGGAAAUAGGUAAUUCUCUACCGUGUUUGGAAACACUUGAUAUUACGGAUUGUUUCAGCGUUUCACAAGAAAGCGUAAAAGCUUUUAAAGAAAAAUUUCCUCAUUGUAAAGUUAACAUGUAGGAAUCGAAACCCACCGGAAAAAAAGUUGAAACUUCUUGUUUCAACCUGUUCAAUGACUCAUCACAAAACUGUUCCUUUGUUAUAGUCGAAAUACAUUAUCUGUGCUCUUGGUAAUAGCCUUUGACCGCUUGCAAAAUGGUAAAAACUUUUAAAAAAAUUAUUUACGCUUGCUUUGGACAGAUUUAUUUAGUUUAUAGAAUGUUUCCUUUGACUCGGCAAUUUCAUAUUUAAUAGAAAUCAAAAUACAAAGGUUUGAUCAUUGCCCAAUGAUUUGGAGCAAUGUUUUAUUUAUGAAACGAUAGCUUGCUUGUACAAUCAGAGAAAGCAGCAUUUUGGGCUCAAAAAUAUUAAAAUUUUCGCUUUAACGCGUGAAAGAUGCUUUGGUUUCGAACCAUGCAAAGUCAUGUCAAACGAACAUAGUGCGUUUCUGUUUCCAUAUAUGGAGAUGUUAAGCUAAGUAAGACAUCUUUAAUCUCAAAGUUAAUAUAUUGUCAU